AAUUUGUCAUAAAGGUUUAUAUGAGCAGGCAUAUCCAGGGGCAGCUGGGGGACAGUUGCUCUGUAGUGCGGGUCCUUAGCUUCACCCUCUCUGCCUUUGUGGGGUCAAACUGGGGAGGGACUGGGGGAGGGAGGGCACAAGCUAAUCUGAUACUUAUGCUAAUUUUUGUUUAUUUUAUUAUAAUUUCUUUCUUCUUGCCAGGGGGUUCAGGGCGUAAGGCGGGGGAUGGGAGGGGGGCGGGGUGGGGGGGUUUGAUGUGGCGACUGGCGAGGUUUGUGUAUUAGAUCCUAGAGAGAUAUAUGCUGCGGGGGGGGGUGUUGACCAACAAGAGAUAAAAUUACAUAUUUACCCAUAAUUCCCAUGUUGCUGGAUAAGGUGACCUGUCUAACCUCAGCUCUUUUCCUCCUCCUGUCUUUGUUUAUUUCUUUUUGUUCAUUUUCUGGAGCAGGUGGGUGGUGGUAGGGGGCGUCGGGUGGGGAUGGUGGCCGGUGCUGGGGGGAAGGGCGGGGCUCAGCGCUGUACAUACUUAUUUUUUUCAGUGCAAAGAAUGACACACAGUCCCACUUGUUGAGAAUAAUCGAUCGCAGGCUUUCCAGUAGGGCAAAAUAGAGUGACAUUUAUUUAAAAAAAAAUAAAAAAAUAAAAAGAUAAAACACGGAAAAAUAAAAGCCAAUGAUAGCAACACAGAGAGAGCAGUUUCACUAGUGGAUAGGUUUGAGCUUCCAGAAGUCUUUUCUUCAGGGUUUUUUUCUUUUCUCAAAGGAAAAUAUGGUUGGUAGCCAUGAAGUUGAGGCUUGUGUACCUAAAGACCUUCUCCUGUAUAAAUCCCACGACAGGCAACACCAUAAUUAUCCACAAAUAUUUGCUUCUGUGAAACUAUUCUCCUCCUGGGGUGGGCUACAGGUGCUUAUUUAAAUACAAAUACUAUACAUUUAUAUGAAAGGCAGGAUUGUAGUAGUCAAAGUUAGUCCAGUUUUAUAUACACACAGAAAUAUAUACAUGUCAUGUCAUAGAUGCAUCUGAUUGGCUGAAUGAAGGUCUCUCGCACUUUCUGGAUUUUUAGAGCUCCCCCUGUGACUUUUGGAAAAGUGGUGGAAAUAAUAAAAUAACAUGCUUAUUGGUGGCUACAGCCCUGUCCCUCUCUCUCUGUCUUACUCUCUCCCUAACUCACUCUCCCGCGUCCUCCCCCUUCACUCGCCCAUCCCCUCAUUCGUCUCUGAAGAAAAGGGAAAGAAAAUUUACUGCAAGGAAAGAGGGAGGGGAAAGAUCGGGGAGGGGGUCUGUAUGUAAACAUUCCAUUAUGUGCAAAUAAAAACUAUUAAAAAAAAAAGGAAAUUGUUAUGUAAUAAAAACUAUGCAAUCAUAAUGUGUUGAAUAUCUGGGGAAAGUCGUGGGCAUCCAUCAGGCCCUUUCUGAGAACGUCCCCUGUCGAAAUUAAACAGAGGAUUACAGAUUUCUCCAGUGUUUGUUGGCUGUUACGGGGGAGAGGAGGGGGCGAUGGAGGGAGGGACAGACAGGGAAGAAACUGAGAAGAAAAGACUUGGACCAAAAGCUUGUUUCUUUUUUUUUCCUUUCUCUUUUUUUCCCUGCGAGGUUGGAGAGAAAUGAACUCUGGAAUUGUGAUUUUCCUCUUUUUGUACUCUUUAAUAUCAAACCUUAUCUGCUGUACUGGAAACUGCAACGCCUUCUGUCUCUAAUGAUAAGUGAGUUUCACAAAGCACACAUAAAAGUUUCCUUACAAAAUACUGAUGCUCGUCCUCAUGUCUUUUUUCUUGUCUGUCACUUUAUUCUACGUCUCAUUUCAAAUUUCUAUAUAAAUUCUAAAAAAAAAAAAAAUCUAAACAUUAAAUUUUGUGCUUCAUAAUGCACAAUAAUAGUGAAAAACCAAUGUUUUUUUCCAACUCCAGGAUUUCAAUUUAAGCUUUUAACUCAAACAUCAAAGGAUACAUCUGCCAUGCUUACUGAUAUUAUUCUGGCUGGCGGUGCUGCCACUGUCUGGUACAUUUUAUGUGGGGAAAUUGUCGUUAUGCACAUGUUGCUAAUGGCUGUGUGUGCGCUGUGGUUUGUGUGCAUGAGUGUGUGAUGUGUAGGUUUGUUAAAUGUUGUUGGAUUUGUGUGUGGUUGUCAUGCACCCAUAUUCUGUGAAGUGUACCCCAGCCACCCCCAGCUUCUGAUACAUUAAGAACAGUCCCUAAAGGCUGCUGAACAAAACACAAUAAUCCUGUGAGAAGUUUGGAUUCACUUUGCAUAUCCUUUCCAAAUGUAAAAACAGGAGACCUAAUAUCAAAUAUCUUAAAUGGGCUUAUAGUAAUGCAGUCUUGAAGGUCUGAUGUUAUUUUAUCAUAUUUUUCUAAUGCCCAACACUUUGUACGCAAUCAUACAGUAACAGAUGCCUGUUUCAUAUAUUUCCUUACAUGUCCUCAGUCAUUACAGUAACAUAAUUCAUUUUACAUUUAGGCCUCAGCCUUCAGCCUUUCAACCUUUGGUUCAGUUUGGACUUUCCAGAAGUGUUUUUACUUUUACUGUACCCAAAAGGUGCACGCGCUGUCAGGAAACCUGAGCCUGUGUUUCAGAGCGUGCAGACAGCACAAGGUUCAUCUGAGCAAAUAUAAAUAAAACUGAGAAACAAUGAGUGGAGUGGACCACUGUGAGCAGUAAACCUGCUACUGUCACGGAAGGGAUUGUAUGUACUGGCUUUAGGCACGAGGAACGGAAAUGGGCAGUACCUUCUGGAGAGGAGAAGGUCUGAUCUGCGCACGCAUCACCGACCUGCUUUUACGCGCGCUGGUGUGCAACCUUGGAGCAGCUCGAGACCACUAACAACAACAUGAGCAGCUCGGUGAUACCCGAAGAAGUGACGCCGAAGUCGUGACGUGACCAGGUUUUUGUUUAAACCCUUUCUUCUCUUCUUCAUCCUCAUCAUAAUCACCCACUACAUACUGGCUGUGGCCGCUCCGCGCGCACUGCGGCGCUUUGAAACUUGGGAACAACAACAGGGAGCUCAGGGCGCGCGGCCGCUCCUCCUCUGGACCUCUGUGGCAGGAAUGAUGCUCGCGCUCACCUUUACCUGCCGCGCGCUGCUCGUCUUCCUGCUCUCGGAGUCGGUUCAGACCGACCGAACAGCGCCUUUCCUGAUCACAGAGAACAUGUGGCCUCGCGGUUGCGUCCUGGACUGCCAGAGGGGGCGCCACAGAGCUGUGUGUGGUAGCAACGGCAGGUUGUAUAAAUCUCUGUGUGCCUUCCAGAGGGCCCAGUGCAUCAACACACAGCUCCGCCUCGCUCCACGAUCACACUGCUCAGACCCGAGUCAGUCCAAAUGCCAGCGGGCUCGGGCUCAAGCCCUGGAAGCCAGCGUCCACAACAGUGGCGGCCAUAUUAGUGCCGCAGCUGCCAUCUUUGUGCCAGAGUGCAGUCCAGACGGUCACUUCUUGCCCGUGCAGUGCCACAACCAGACCGGAUACUGCUGGUGCUCCAUGCCUGAUGGCAAACCUGUCAGCGGUACCUCGGUCCUCCACCUGAUCCCCAACUGUACUGAUCACAUUACCAAGUUGGCUCAGACCACUGAUGCAGAUUCAGCUUCAAUCAAAGAUGAAGUUGGUGAACCUGGGCCGACACUCGACCCCAGAAAACCUGCAGAGCUGACGGCUCCUCCAUUCUGGGUGACCAUCCUGAUGAACUCUGACCCCAAAGGAAACCGCUCAGUCAAACGACCCACCGACAGUCCUCAGACGUGUGAGCGUGAGCGAGCGUUGCUGCUCUCUCAGAUGAGUUCAGCCUGGCAGGAAGAGCGCUUCAUACCAGAAUGCACUGCAGACGGCCGCUACAGCCCCGCGCAGUGUCACGCUGCUACAGGUUACUGUUGGUGUGUCAGGGUGGACAGCGGCAGGCCGCUACCAGGCACCUCUGCAAGGAAUCGCAUCCCAGAGUGCAGUGGGGCAGAGGAGAAGCCAACAGACAGGAGGUACAGGGAAAAACCUCUACCUGGGUGUCCCGGAGCUCGUAAGAAGCAGUUCCUGCAAAGUCUGGUUCGUGCUCUGCAGCUGGAAGCAGAGCAUGCUGGGAGUCUGAGUCCCUACCAGCUCCCAAAUACACCUCCUUCCACCUCUCCCUCUCUAUCUUUCAACACUCCAACCUCCGCCACCCCUUCCUCCUCCACUCUGGACGUUUUGGCUCUGGAGUCCGCCAGAUCAGAGGCUGUUCUGCGGUGGCACUUCAGACAGCUGGACGUGGACUCCAGUGGGGUGCUUAGCGAGCGUGAAGCGCGACCUCUUCGUCAGUUCCUGAGACAGAGGCUGAGGCCACGACGGUGCGCCAAGAAGUUUGCUCAGUACUGUGACAGGGACGAAGACCGAGGCCUGACGCUGGAGGAGCUGAGGGUCUGUCUGGGCCUCUGAGGCAGCAACAACAGGACAAAAUCAACAGAUGCCAAAGGCCAACCUCCCCUACCACUCCACUGUCACCUUACAAGGUUCUGUUUAUAUAGCCAUAAAAUCAUGGAAAUAUUAUCGCUCACAUCCUUUUUAACCAACACUGCUUAAAAGAGAAACCAUGACUAUUAUCUGUUGUCCUCACUAAGGCCAGCCCCCUGGUUCUUCAGGAUACAUAAUUACUCUCUUAUCAGUUUUAUUCCUACCAUCCACAGGCUGCUGGAGUUCCACAUAACAGGCAGAAAACAACUGUAACAUUUAGAAAUAACCAUGGAAUUACUUCAGCUUCCUCUGGUGGUGUUAGUGUCGACAUGUCUGUGAUAGCUUUGUGUACGUGUGCAAGUCAUUCGGGAGUCCAUUAAUUUCUACAAGAAUCUCUGUUGUGUUUGCGAAAGUCCCUCCUUUUUUCCCCCGUCUGGAACCAAGGGGGAGAUGUGGAAAUAAAUCCAUUUCUUUAAUCUUUUUCUCUCACUCUUUGUGACUUUCCCCUUCCAAACAUUCUCACCUCCUCCCCUUAAUCCAGUGGUUCUCAAACUGCGGGGCAGGCCCCCCUGGAGGGGCACAGAGCUGCUGCAGGUGGGGCAGGGAUGCAAAAAUGCAGUGCAAAAUAUGGAGUGAGAUAAAGUUGAAUGAAUAUCAUUUAUGUCGGGAACAUAAACAAAAACAGUUUGCCGAUGCUAUCAUGUUGACCUUUACUGCACUAAAAUUCAAUAUGGAUCCUUUUGAAUUAGUCGCUUCCCAACUUUUUGUUAAUGAUAAAUAAUUGUGAGGUGGGAGGGUGCAUGAAUUUUUUUGGCAUGCCCUUUUCUUUGUUCCCUCCCCACCUCCUUCAUCCUAAUCCUUCCUCUUCUCUCCCAUCCUCCCUUUCUGCUUUGUACAUACUGUGCUUCCUUAUAUUUUAUAUACAUAUUGCCAGUAUAUUGAUAUAACAUAUUUUGUUACACAAGGUUAAUUCAUGUUUUUUAUACAUUAUAUUUUAGACAGUAUAUCAGUGUGCAGCACUUUCUAAGACAAUAAACUGUUUUCUGAUUGAUUGAACUUGACUUGAAACACAACUCUGAUAAACGUCCAAGUCAUUUUCAGUUUUUG